GGGAAGGGGUGGGACUGGCGCGGCUUCCGCGUUGGGGCGCUGGGCGUUUCCUCCAGGCUGGCCAGUUUCGCUGGUGACCUUGGGAAGUGCUACCGACUCGGACAUGUUGCUCCUGCUGCUGGCGCUGUGCGCGCUGCUCCUGCUCGGGCUCCGGCUUUUCCUCCGGGCGGACGGCGACCUGACUGUGCUCUGGGCAAAGCUGUCCAGGAGGAAGCAUGAACAGGAGCUGACUGACACGGUGGUGUGGGUGACGGGGGCCUCCAGUGGGAUCGGUGAGGAGCUGGUUUACCAGCUGUCCAAACAGAGAGUCUCUCUGGUGCUGUCAGCCAGAAGAGAGCAGGAGCUGGAGAGAGUGAAGAGAAGAUGCCUGGAGAACGGCAUCAUAAAAGAAAAGGAUAUCCUCGUUCUGCCCCUGGACCUGACCGACAGGAGUUCCCAUGAGGUGGCUACCAAGGCGGUCCUCCAGGAGUUUGGUAGAAUUGAUAUUCUGGUCAACAAUGGAGGAAGAUCCCAACGUUCCUUGGUCAUCGAUGCCAACCUGGAUGUCUACAAGGAGCUAAUAGAACUUAACUACUUAGGGACAGUGUCCUUAACAAAGUGUGUUCUACCUCACAUGAUCGAAAGGAAGCAAGGAAAGAUUGUGACGGUGAAUAGCAUGGCAGGCAUUGUAUCGGUGCCUCUUUCCAGUGGAUAUUGCGCCAGCAAAUAUGCUCUUCGGGGGUUUUUUAAUAGCCUCCGAACUGAACUUACAGAAUACCCGGGAAUAGUAGUUUCUACCGUUUGCCCUGGACCUGUGCAGUCACGUGUGGUGGAAAAUGCCCUGGCUGACGAUGUCACAAAGGUUGUGGGCAGUGUCAGAGGCCAGUCCUACAAGAUGGCAACGAGUCGUUGUGUGCGGCUGAUGUUAAUCACCAUGGCCAAUGAUUUGAAAGAGGUUUGGAUUGCAGAGCAACCAUUUCUGCUGGUAACAUAUUUGUGGCAAUAUAUGCCAACCUGGGCCCGGUGGCUAAGCAACAAGUUAGGAAAGAAGAGAAUUGAAAACCAUAAGAGUGGUGUGGAUGCAGACUCCUCUUAUUUUAACUUCUUCAAGAAAAAGCAUGAUUAAAUGGAACACUGCAGUUUCCAAGCUACUUGAGGGAGAAAAUCAUAACAGAACCAUAACAAUCUGCUUAUAUUUUUUGAUGCAACUUUACUUCCAACAUGUAAUGAAUAAUAAAGAUCGCCAUGAAUGUUA